UAAUCAAGUGCUACUGCCGUUCCCGUCCGUUCGUGUCCCAUCUUUCGGCUGAUCAUUAUGAGCAAAGUGGUCCUCGUCACCGGUGGAACCGGUCUUAUCGGAAAGGCUCUCGAGACGGUUAUCAACGAAGAGAAACCCGGCGACGAGCGAUGGAUUUUCGUCGGAUCAAAAGAUGCUGACCUAACUGACCUCUCAUCGACGCGCCAAAUGUUCGAAAAGUACCGACCAACGCACGUGAUCCACCUGGCCGCGAUGGUUGGCGGGCUGUUUCACAACAUGAACAACAAUCUCGACUUCCUGCGUAAAAAUAUGUUCAUCAACGACAACAUUCUGUUGCUGAGCCACGAACUGGGAGUCAGAAAGGUGGUGUCUUGUCUGUCAACCUGCAUUUUUCCCGACGUUACCACUUAUCCCAUCGACGAAACAAUGAUACACAACGGACCACCGCACGAAUCCAACUUCGGGUAUAGCUACGCCAAGCGAUUGAUCGACAUCACGAACCGGGCCUACAAUCAGCAGUACGGCUCUAUGUUUACCUCCGUCGUGCCUUGUAACGUGUUUGGACCGCACGAUAACUUCGUCCCGGGUGUAAGCCAUGUCAUUCCCGGCAUGAUACACCGUCUUCACGAACUUAUGUAUCUUAAAGAUCCCGAUCAACCGCAAGAGAGCAAAGUGUUCUCCGUCUACGGAACCGGCAAACCGCUCCGGCAGUUCAUUUACUCGCUCGAUCUCGCCAAGCUGUUCGUUUGGGUGCUCCGCCACUACGAAAGCGUUGAACCGAUCGUUCUGUCCGUCGACGAAUCGUCCGAAGUGUCCAUCGCCCAGCUGGCCGAGUCGCUGGUCAGUGCGUUCGGGUUCAAGGGUCAACUCAAGUUCGACACCAGCAAAGCCGACGGACAGUACAAGAAGACGGCAUCGAACGCGAAACUACGCCGCCUGUUGCCCGAUUUCCAGUUUACCGAUUUUGAUUUCGCAAUCCGAAACACGGUCAAAUGGUACAUUGACCAUUACGAGCAUGCCAGAAAGUGAACCGGGCGAACCUCAUCUCCUCGUUUGUGAUUUCUUUCUUUCGGCAGCAAAUAAAACCACAGCCCAAUGGGAAAUUAUUUCCUAA